AAAUGAUCCCUUCAUUCUAAGUUAAUGAUUUAGACACAAUAAAAAUAAAAAUAACCCAAAUGAUAUAUUUUGGUACAUCAAUUUGAUCAUCACUAUACUACAACAACAAUGACAAAAACAUUGGAGAUUCAUCUAAAAUCAGCAGAAGGGCUCAAGCUAAACCGAAGACCGCUCAAGAAAAAGACUCACGCCGUAGUAAAGAUCGACGAGAAAGAACGAACAUCUGAACCUGACGAAUCGAGAGUAAGCAACCCAACAUGGAACCAUAAAUUAGAGAUGCCCAUCAACGGUAAUGUACAGUUUAUAUACAUUGAGGUAUUUUAUCGAACACGUUCUGGGCAAAACAAAAGCGUCGGAGAAGCUAAAAUCCCGACAAGCGAUUUCAUGGGGAAGUAUUCGCCUGAAGGCCAUUUGAAUUGCUUAAGCUAUAGAUUGAGAGAUGAGUUUGGUGAUAAGUGUGGGAUCGUCAAUUUUUCGAUUCUUGUUAAAUCGGAUCCGAAGGCGGUGAGUGAUACUGGUUUGUGGAGACCGAGAUCGGAUACGCCAUCGAUUGAUGGGUAUGGUGGUCGGAUUGUAACCGGAGUUCCAGUUUGGGGUCUGUACCAACGGCCUUAUUAAAAAAAAAAAAAAAAAGAAGUUUUUGGGUUUUGUUUGGGCUUUGCUCUGCACAGAUUCUUAUUACUAAUUCUUCUGUCUUUUGUUCCGUUGAUGAUUCCCAAUUUUGGAAUUUUGCGGAACAAAGAUGUGUAAUUCUUUUUUCUUCUAAGGUUGAAAAAUAAAAAAUAAAAAGUGAUCAUUGGUUUUGAUGAUGAA